GUUGUGAUAAACUUAUUAAAUAGAUGUGUUGUUGGCGAUGGUUUAUUUUUCUUAUAUUCUUCGUCGUCACAUCGGAAGCGUCUGUCCCUGAGCUGAUCAUAGUCUCAACCGUUGAUGGCUAUCUCAGAGGAGUUGAUGUAGCUUCUGGGAAUAUUCACUGGUCACUGAAAGUUACGGAUGAGUCAAUUCCAACUCUCGUGUCAUCCAGUUUAGAUCAAAUUCAAAUUUACGACGAACAGGAUGGAUAUGUCCGUUUAAUUCCUAGUUUUAAAGGCGAGCUCUUCAAGUGGAAUGGCGAGAGUUUGAGGCAGUUUCCUACAAAUGCUGAUCUUCUAUUGUCGAGUUCAAAGAAGUUGACCGAAAACACAUUCGCUUCAGGUGCAAUAUCAUUCCAAAGUUUAGCCAUAUCUCUGGCCGACGGAAAGCUGCUAUACCGUUGUCACGGAAGUAGGCCAUGUUCAAGAGAAGGCGACCAAAAGACAUCCAACAGUCCUGACACUAAUGAAAAAGAUUUGGGCGGGGGCGAUUUUCCAGACGAAGUAGUAAUAGUCAGAAGCACUCAACGAACAGUUAGAGCCAUUGACGAAUAUAGUGGAACUGAAAGGUGGAACUUCAGUGUGACCGACGUGGAUGUGCAAUACAACGCAGCAGAGAGAACUAAUUCAGGGUUCCUAGGGAAUGUCGCCCCUCUCCCGCCAAUAGACUCAUUCUUCCGAGCAUUCCAAAGCUCCGUGCCUGAAUGCACUGAGGAACUACUGACGAUCAAAAUCAUGACUCCCGAAGGCGCUUUGUUUGGAUUCGAUGAUAUCAACGGAGAAGUGACGUGGACUCGACACCUGAAGAGUCCUAUCGCGGGCGCUUGGAAGUACCAUUGCAGAUCUCUAGUCAAACUGGAUCUCUCGGAUCCAUCAUUGGUGCCGGACUUGAAUCCUAAUACCAAAUCGGAGGACCCGGAAUCCUUUAAGAAGCGUCCGUCGAUGUAUCUGGGGUCGUUCAAUAAUAUGUGGUAUGUUCAAGUGUUUCACUCGCCAAUCGAUAUUCCAACGACUCACACGCCAAAUCUUAGCUUCAACCAUAACAUGCUUUAUGCACAGUCAAAGCAUUCUUGGGUGCCUUACAUAGCCACGUCACCAUCUAGAACACCCUAUCUCAACCAAAAGAACAGUGUUUUAUUAUUGGACCAAUCUUCAGUGGAAGAGUUUUCAACAGCGCUGAUGCCAAUAAAUCAUGAAAUAUCAUACCCAUAUGAUGCAGGGUUCUCCAUUCAUCAGCAGAAGCAACUUAAAGAUUAUGAAUCAUCGGUGGGGUUUUAUUUUGUUUUGGACAGACCUAGUUACUUUGACUAUAAAACGCGUCAACAAAUCACACACGACCACGGGGAUAGGUUGGUUAAUUUCUACGAAGACAGUUACUUGCCAAACACAGAAACCAUUCUAGCUUUUGUUCCCGUUUCGCUUUCAUAUUACUGGAAACAAAUUGCGGCUAUUACAGUUACAUUAGCUAUUCUGUUCAACAUUAUCAUUCGAAUAUACGAUCACCUUAGAGGUCAAAAAUGUCCAUUAGAAGGCGCAAAAAACGAUUCCAACCAGUCUGUUGAACGUCUUUAUUCUACAGAAAGUAAUGGAAAUGUUUCGAAAUUGGCUUCAGGUUUUAAUGAGUACUUCAUUUUUACAGAAAAGUUGGGGAAAGGUGGUUUUGGACAAGUAUAUGUGGCAAAACAUAAAUUGGAUCUUCAAAGAUACGCAAUAAAGAGAAUAGAACUGCCGAGAAAUAUCGAAUCUGCUGACAAAAUGCGCCGAGAAGUGAGAGCUUUGUCUAGACUAAAUCACACGCAUAUAGUGAGGUAUUACAAUUCGUGGGAAGAAACGCAAAGCAGGGAUUCAGACGAUAUUUUGGCCUGUUUAAACUCGGAUUCGGUAACUGAAAGCACGUCGUUUCCUCGUGUUGUCAAUUCGUAUGACCCAGUUUCGAUCAGUAAUUUGCUGAUGCAAAAUGGAGCGGAAUCUAAUCAUAAACAGUUGCGCAGUAUAACGUCUGUCGGAAGCAGAGGUGAUGAAGAUGACGAAACUAGUAAUACUAACCAGAAAUACAUGAUAUCUUACAUAGAAACCUCCGAUGACGAUUUGAUCAAAUUCGAAGCUUCAAAUCCUUUGGAACAACAACUGAAACAGCGAAAACUUCAAGAAAUGAAUGGAGAAAGUGUUAAUCUUGAAGAAGUUUCGAAGCAAAGUGAGUCAAAAAUGAGUGAAAACGUAGAUUCUGAGACAACAAAGAAUUUACGGAAAGAUUCUCUUAGGUCGUAUUUGUACAUUCAAAUGGAACUUUGUCGACCAAAUACUCUCAAAGAUUGGCUUAUGGACGAAAUGGAGCGAGAUCGAAAUAUUAGUCUUCAUAUUUUUCACCAAAUCGUUCAGGCUGUUAAUUAUGUACAUACUGCGGGACAGUUUCAUCGGGAUCUGAAACCAUCUAAUAUAUUUUUCUCCGAAAAGGAAGCUUUGGUUAAAGUUGGUGAUUUUGGGCUCGUAACUGGCUGUUUAGAAUGGUCAGACAAUGACAAUAAUUCCAGUCAGGAUUUUCUGCAGCUGCGAAACUCGUCCUCUCAUGAUUUGAGCACAAUUCAGAAAUCAAACAGCAGCAGCGGAACUUCAUUAAAACACACCAGUAAAGUUGGCACAAAAAUAUACAUGAGUCCAGAACAACGCAAGGGUCGAUCAUACGAUAACAAAGUGGAUAUUUAUGCUCUGGGUUUAAUAUUAUUUGAACUGCUUCAACCUUUUGCGACCGAAUCCGAACGAAUUGUUAAGCUGAAAGAUGCUCGAAGUUUGAAAUUUCCGAGUUACGAGUUAAAAGAUGUGGCUGCUAUUUACACUGAAGAUGAUAUCGAGUUGAUGAAACGAAUGCUGAGUGUUGACCCUGCGAACAGACCUUCAGCUGAAGAACUUGCCCAGGAUCGAAUAUUGAAUUCCUACAAGGAGCCUACUCCAGCAGCAAGACUGGAAAAAUUAUCCAGGUCGAAAUCAAGGUCGUCUAGUAAUAUGGAGACUAACUCGUCAUCAGCACACUUAUGACAUGAACUCUGCAAUGUGAUUUGUCUUCAUUUUCACAAGGGUUUUGUAGUUUUUUGGUAACUCGGGCGCGGAUUUUCAACCAAAUUUUGUCAACCAAGGUUAUCAUUCUUUUCUUAAAUAACUGCAAAUUUUUUGAUGCAAAC